AUUUUUAUUGCCCUUAUUUCAUUUUCUGUUGUUCAUAGUAACAGGCUUUGUUUCUGAUAUAGAAAAUAACACAAUCUCUUUAUAAACUGCCAUAAAUUUGUUCGAAUGGAGUUUAUAACGUGUAUCAACAGAUAGGAAUUUGAGGCCUUUGUUUGAGAAGCUUUUGUAGGAAAAGAAGCAACUGAGCUGGGAAAUGAAGAAUCAUGGCAGAAGGUAAAAGAAACAAAAACAAACAAAAAAAGAAAGUAGGAAAAGCAAAGGGAAAUGACUCACCUACAGAUUGGAAGAAGUUAGUUGUAGAAAGAGGUGUAUGGAUAUUUAAAAAACUAACAUAGGGCUGGGUGCAGUGGCCCAUGCCUAUAAUCCCAGCACUUUGGGAGGUCGAGGCGGGAGGAUUGCUUGAGCCUAGGAGAUUGAGACCAGUCUGGGCAACAUGGUGAAACCCCACCUCUACAAAAAAUACACAAAAAUUAGCCAGGUGUGGUGGUGUACACUUGUAGCCCCAGCUACUCAAGAGGCUGAGGUGAGAAGAUCACCUGAGCCCAGGGAGGUUGAAGCUGCAGUGAGCCAUGAUUGCGCCACUGCACUCCAACCUGGGUAGCAGAGUGAGACCCUGUCUCAAAAAACAAAAACAAAAAGAACUAACGUGCUAUUUUUACUUCAACUAAAACUUGGAAAGAGGAAACAUGUUGGAAGAGAUUACCAAAGAUUAAAAGUAGAGUGACUAUAACCUAGACAGAACAGAUGUUUUGUGUGAAAUUUAGUAUCUUUAACUUAAUAAACCAGCAGGAACUGUAUGAACACAACACACCCAACUGACAAACACAGAGAACUAACAUAUUUAUUUAGCUGUAUGUAUAUAUGCUUAACUACACCCGAGGAAGCUGUAGAGUUAGAAAAACAUGAACCAUUAACAGAUGUGACCUCCUUGCAGAACUUUUACUUUGAAAAAGAAGUACGUCUGAACCAGAUUCACAUGUUUGAUAUGUGGAUGCAGAGAAAUGGGGCAGAAAGCGUCGCAACAGUUGGCUGUGAAGGACAGCAAAGAGGUGCCUGUCAUCUGUGAGGUGGUCAGUGAAGCUAUAGUCCAUGCAGCUCAGAAACUGAAGGAGUACCUUGGAUUUGAAUAUCCUCCAAGUAAACUCUGCCCAGCUGCAAAUACUCUGAAUGAGAUAUUCUUAAUCCAUUUCAUCACUUUCUGCCAAGAAAAGGGAGUUGAUGAGUGGCUGACCACCACCAAGAUGACCAAGCACCAAGCCUUCCUGUUUGGUGCAGACUGGAUUUGGACCUUUUGGGGAUCCGACAAGCAAAUAAAGCUUCAGCUUGCAGUACAGACUCUGCAGAUGUCUUCACCUCCUCCUGUGGAAUCUAAGCCUUGUGACCUUUCCAAUCCAGAAUCAAGGGUAGAGGAGUCUUCCUGGAAGAAAAGUAGAUUUGAUAAGCUAGAAGAAUUCUGUAACUUAAUAGGAGAGGAUUGCCUGGGUCUGUUUAUCAUCUUUGGUAUGCCAGGAAAGCCUAAAGACAUCAGGGGAGUUGUCCUGGACAGUGUCAAAAGUCAGAUGGUGAGGAGCCAUCUGCCAGGAGGGAAGGCUGUGGUUCAGUUUGUCCUGGAAACUGAAGAUUGUGUGUUCAUCAAAGAGCUGCUCAGAAACUGUCUGAGUAAGAAAGACGGGCUGAGAGAGGUGGGCAAGGUUUAUAUUAGCAUUCUCUGACUUGGAUAUAUAUUAUGUGACUGUUGGAAAAGAAAAAAAGAUUCUAAUAAGCAAGCUCACCUAUUUGCAUCAUUCCAGCAUGGGAUUUUUUUUCAUUUGUUUUCCCAUUGAUUGAAAAUGAUUACUGGGAUCAAAGUACAUUCAUGUCACAAUUACAGAGAGAGAGAGAAAAAAAGAAAACCCUGGCUCUGCCUAUGAUUUAAAAACAGUUCAGGAAAAGUUAUAAUUUAGUUUAAUAUUUCAUUCACUUAUUCAAUAAUAAAAAUGGAAGAGAGAUAAUAAAGUCACAUUUAAAGUUUGAUUUGCAAAAAAAAAAAGUGUCUUUGUUUGAAAUAAUAAGUCUAGCACUCAAAAGUAUAAAAUGUGUUUUUGCAUCUGUUGGUGGGAGAUGGGUAGGGUGAAGUAGUGGGUAAGGCUACAGAGCAGGUUUAAUUACAUUUGUAACGCCAGUUUCAAGCCAGGCACAGUGGCUUACGCCUGUGGUCUCAGCUGCUCAGGAGGCUGAGGUGGGAGGAUCGCUUGAGCCCAGGAGUUUAAGGCUACAGUGAGCUGUGAUUGCACCACUGUACUCUAGCCUGGGCAACAGAGUGAAUCCUCGUCUUUAAAAAAAAAAAAAAAAAAUAGUUUGAGUUCAGGACUCCUGGGCAAAACUCACAGCAUUCUUUUCCUCUAACACUUACCUUCUUCUGUCUUCUCCCUAGCUGCUGUCUCUGCACUGAGAGGACUUUGAUGGGAUUUACUUUGAGAUUCACUUUAGUGUUAGCUCUGCCUAUGAUUUAAAAACAGUGACCUAUAAAACUAUUCCUUUUAAUAAUACUUGUUUAGCCUUUGCAGUAAGGAAGAUGUAUUCACAUAUAAUAACCAUUUUUACUUAAAAGCCAGUGUGGAAUUAUAACAGUACAAAGAGGAAUCACCAUUAUUUAUUGCACUUGUAAGUCAAGUCAGAUGCUUUACGUAUAUUAGCGUGAUUUGCAUGUGUCUUCCAUGACUCUAAGAGGUUUCUAUUUGCCAAAUCAAAGAGGCUAGAUAACUCAUAAAUCUAUUAAGUGGCUUGUAACAAAAAAGUAAAGUCUGCCCAGUUACAAAGCCCAUAUUCUACAGUCGUGUAAAGAAAAUUCCCUGUAAGCCUAUAAGUUAUGUUAAGUAAAAAUCAAUUAAAAAAAAAAAAAGAAGAAGAAAAGAAAAUUCUUUGGCCAAGAAGGGUAGCUGUGAUCCCAACACUUUGGGAGUCUGAGGCUGGAGGAUUGCUUGAGCCCAGGAAUUCAAGACCAGCCUGGGCAACAUGGUGAAACUCUAUCUCUACAAAAAAUACAAAAAGUCAUGGUGAUGUAUGCCUGUAGUCCCAGCUACUUGGGAGGCUGAGGUAGGGGGAUUGCUUGGGUCCAGGAGGUCAAGGUUGCAGUGAGUCGUGAUCGUGCCACUGCACUCCAGCCUAGGCAACAAAGCAAGACCCCAUCUCAAUAAAUACAUAAAAAGAAAAUUCUCUGAUUUUAAACUACUGGAAUUGCUGAGACAACAAAGAUGUUCUCGUGCAAAAAUGCUAGCUGGUUGCUGUUGCUCAUUUUCCCUCCAUUUCCUGGCCUUAAUCUGUGGCUACUUUUCCUGUUGUUGAACCACCUGUUCACUGAUACGCAGCCAUUAGAAACAUGGGCUGAAUCCUUUCAACUGCAUCCAACCUCUUAAAAUCAUUUCUGUUUCUGACAGUCUUCUUACGGCCUUCGACCUUUCUGUGUUUUGGAAUUUAGGACAUGUUCCUGUGAGGCUAAAUUAAGACAUAUGAGUGCAAUGUGUCUCAUGCACUCAUGAGUGCAUGUGCAUCAUGCAGGUAUUCCAAAGUAAGAAAUACAUUUGUUGCUGUGAUCUGUAUAACUGAAGCAUGUUGCAGUGCACUCUGAUAGUUUGUCCUACAUCGGUUUGUAAAAUGCUGACUGCAAGCUACCAAAUUGCUAUCAUGACCAGCAAUAGGUCACAAUGCAGAGCUGUCAAAACUUUGUCAUGGUAGAAGGAGUGAGAGCUUUCGAGUUUAGCUGAGGACAAACCUGCUUAAAAUCCCAGCUCUUUUAUUUACACUUAUCCAACCAAACCUCUGUGCUGGUUAUUCUCAUUUCAACCUCCACAUCUACUCCCCACCUUGUCUGCCUUCUUCUGGGCUCUGACUGCAUCACUCUGGCUUCCAUCCAGUGGAGAGCACGAGAUCAGAAAGGGGACAGGUCUGGAAUGUAUUAGCCCAACUUUCCCUGCCUCACUAUGACGCUUGGUUCCAGACAGCUCCUGUCCAGCUGGCCCUUCUCUGAGACUCCAGCUCCCUCCCCUUCCCCUCUCAGGCCAUUGUCCCUUCCGGGAUGCUUCAUCAUUCUUUGUUAGUUCCUUGCACCCUGCCCCCACCCUGUAGAUGUACUUUUUCCUUAGGUAGACUUGAGGGUGCCAUUUGAUUUCUUCUAUAGCCCUAAUGCCUCCUGAUUUUCCUAUCUAAAAACCAGAGAUGACAAUAUCCACCUCGUAGAACUGCUAUUCGUUAUAGAAUUAAGAAUAGUCAGCCAAGCGCGGUGGCUCACACCUGUAAUCCCAGCACUUUGGGAGGCUGAGGCAGGCGGAUCACGAGGUCAGGAGUUCAAGACCAACCUGACCAACAUGGUGAAACCCCAUCUCUACUAAAAAUACAAAAAUUAGCCGUGGCACAUGCUUGUAAUCCCAGCUACUCAGGAGGCUGAGGCAGGAGAAUUGCUUGAACCUGGGAAGCGGAGGUUGGAGUGAGCUAAGAUGGCGCCACUGCACUCCAGCCUGGGUGACAAAGAGAGACUCCGUCUCAAAAAAAAAAAAAAAAAAAAAUCAAAAGUGCUUAGUAUAGUAAUCCAAAUCCACUCUUUGAUUCUUUAUCCA